UUAAACAAAAGUAUUAAUAUAUGAGUCCUGUGGCUUCAACGAGGUGGUGUCCGACGCCGGAGCAACUGAUGAUCUUGGAAGAGAUGUACCGGAGCGGUAUACGGACUCCGAAUGCGGUUCAGAUUCAACAGAUCACAGCUCACUUGGCGUUCUAUGGUCGGAUCGAGGGUAAAAACGUCUUUUAUUGGUUUCAGAACCAUAAGGCUAGAGAUAGACAGAAGCUGAGAAAGAAGCUAGCCAAGCAACUUCAUCAACAACAACAUCAACUUCAACUCCAACUUCAACAAAUCAAACCAAAACCAAUAUCACCGAUGAUCAUGUCUCAACCAGAUAAUAAUAGUAAUAUCAUUGAUCAUCAUAUUCCUUACCAUCAUCAUCGCCCAUAUGAUCAUAUGUCCUUCACUUGCUGCUCUCACGCUUCUCCCAUGUUUCUUCCUCAUCCGGAAAAUGGAGGAGAAGCUCAAAACAAAGUGAUGAAUGAAUAUUAUUGCACAAAAAGUGGAGCGGAAGAGAUGUUGAUGCNAUAUAACUUUUACCAUUUUUUCUCUAACCAUAUAAACAUCCACACACGCACAUCUCAUUCUCUCUAUAUAUAUGUAACCCUAAGUGUGAGUGUGGAGAUAACAUAUCAAUAUUUGUUUAAACAAAAGUAUUAA